UCCCACCUGUGAAGUAGUGACCUCCACCUCUGCCGCAGUCGCCCGCUCACUGCCGCACUGUUGCCCUCCCUCCACGCGUGCCUCUCCACUUCCUUCCACCUCUCACAUACCCCUUCACUCAUCACCCUCCACGGACAUAAUUCACAGGGAAUAUUGUCGAUUUAACGGGGAAAAUAGUGAACUGUGAGGCACUGGAGAUUGGCACCGUGAAACCACUUUGUUGACCAUGAGUGACACCUCGUUCUGAUGUCAACAUGAGGACGAGACAAUGUUUCCCGUCAACAUCCUGAUAGAUAGUAGUUGAUUAAUUAUUAAACAUUCGUCGGGAAAAAACAGUCAUCGUGAUAAUGUUUGUUGAUCGCUCGGGAAAGUGUCAAAACACCCCUGUGAGAUAAGGAGAUAGUACAAGCCAUCGCUGAGGAUCACGUUAACAACAUCGUGAGGCACCUGUGAGAGUGUUGUUGUGGUGGUGGUGGUGGUUGUAGGGUUGUAUUGGUCACCACUAUGAUGGAUCAGCCCACAGACACCUCCUCUAGCGUCAAGAAUAUGGAACUGAUAGUCGGAAUAACUUAAGAGAAAAAGAUAUUAUGGCAACAAGUUAUGAUAAGAAAACUCACCCCAGAUGACGUGAAGACUCAGUGUAUGGACACACACUUGUGCAGAAAAAUUUAAGUUUUUAGUGUAUGUUAACAAUAAACAAGUGUAUACCGUGAGACAUUGAUCAUGAUAGAAAAGAUUCUCGGCCAAUUGAUACGGUGACGAGAAAGGUGAAAGAGAAAUAAGAGAAGCAAGGACAUAAAAGUAGAAAGAGUUGGUUUGGCGGCGUGUGAGAGACAGCCUUGCCUAGUACAUCAUCACCCCUACACAAGGCACCAUGAAGCGUGGGGGCUCCGGCAAGGCCCGCACCGUCUCCUUCAGUGAAGAUCAACAGAGUGAAUUUGAGGGUCGAGACGAUGGUCAUCAUGGAGAACAUUAUGAUUAUGAUGAUGAUGACGCAGGCUCCAUCACCUCACUGCCAGCAGAGUUACCCCCUCCUCCUGACGGGGGAUGGGGCUGGGUCAUCGUGGUGGCGUCCUUCUUAUGUAAUGCGAUAGUGGAUGGUAUUGCUUAUUCUUUUAGUCCCUUCCUUGAAGCCCUCUCCAAGCAUUUCGAUGCUCCCAAAGGAAAAGUUGCUUGGAUUCCUUCUCUUCUGGCUGGAGUUUACCUCAGUGCUGGUCCUCUUGUGUCAGCGUUGUCCAACAAGUUUGGGUGUCGUAAAGUGUGUAUUUUGGGAGGUGUCAUCGCAUCUAUGGCUUAUUUUCUCUCCUGCUUCGCAACCUCCGUCGAAUAUCUUAUGAUCUUCCAGGGAGUUAUAGGAGGACUUGGGUUUGGGCUCAUCUACCUCCCAGCAGUGGUGUGUGUGGGCUACUACUUUGAGACCAAGCGAGCUGUCGCAACAGGAAUUGCUGUCUGUGGCUCUGGGGUCGGCACCAUGAUCUUCCCACCUCUCCUUAAUUAUCUUAUUUCAGUAUAUUCUUGGCAAGGAACUAAUUUACUCAUAGCUGGAUUGAUUGUAAACUGCUGUUGCUUUGGUGCCCUUAUGAGACCUCUGGAGGUGCCAAGGAUGAAGAAGAAGGACCUGAUGCAACGGUUGGCAGAGGAGAAGCGCGCUGCACUGAAAGCUGGGUCCUUCUGUGAUUCCAACUACAUUACCUACACUCAUCCUGAUGGCACUGUAGAGAGACAAGCCAAGAGAGCCAUGAAUGCUGACCCUGGAGUACAUUCACAUCUCAAUCUUUCUGGCUACCUCACCCCUGUCUCAACAAACUUGGUUCUACCUACCAUUCAGGAGACACAGGGUAACACUCCUCCUGACCAGGAAUCACCCUUAGCUGCAUCUGAGAAGGAAAUUGACCCAUCUUCUCCCAAUACUGCUGACCUAGAGCAUCCUGAGGGUGUAGAUGAAAAGCAGAUUUUGGUAAAUGGAGGAGAUACCAACAGCACAGUGCCGCCCAUUGUACCAGCUCGUGUUCCCACUGUGGCCACUUCUGCCAAGAUACCACGCAAUUGUUCCCAACCUGUCAUGGCUCAGGGGUCUGCUACCUUUUUCCCCAAAAAUGGAUCCGUCCCCAAUUUUGAAAGAAGAUUUUCUAAAGUGGAGGUUGCAAGCCUAAUGAAGGUCGUCCCUGCCACCCCCAAAGCAUCAUCAUCAAAUUUACGUGCACUAGGAUCUCAAGAAAUGCGUCGUAUGUCUGGUGGCUACGGUCGUGUAAAUUCUAAUACUUCUUUUAUUGACCCGGAGGCAGCUGGACUUCGCCAAAGACGGCCAUCUUCAAAGUCCAUGAUGCUUCGUCCAAUGUCACGCCAAGAUAUCUUUUACUCAGGCAGUAUUGCCAAUCUACGGGAAUUCAAGUCACAAGCAUCAAUGUUGUCAUACCGGGAGUCUUCCCUCAACCUACAGGGAACUGGUGCUUCGAGAGUUGUUCUUGAUGCUCUAGAUGGACCAGAAGAGGGAACAGAAAGCUGUAGCUGUGUGCCAGAAUCCAUCAAGGGAACUAUAUGCCAAAUGAUGGACUUCUCCCUCCUCAAGAACCCCAUCUUCCUCCUGAUCGGUGUAGCUAAUCUCUUCGGCAUGUUGGGCUUCUAUACUCCAUUUGUCUAUCUACCUGAUGCAGCUAUUGAAAAGGGUGUGGACCCAGAGUAUGCAACAUUUUUGAUCUCCCUCAUUGGUAUCACCAACACUAUUGGGAGGGUCCUCUCAGGACUUAUUGCUGACCUGCCCUGGGUCAGUCCUCUGUGGGUCAACAACAUUUGUAUCAUCCUGUCUGGUGUGUGCGUCUUUUUCACUCCAUUUGCGUCCUCCUAUGGAUCCUUCGUUGCGCUCUCAUUAGCCUUCGGGUUCUUUGUUUCUCCGUUCAUCGCCCUCACGUCCAUCAUCAUUGUGGACCUGCUAAGCCUCAGGCAACUCACCAAUGCCUUUGGUCUCCUGUGUAUCUUCCGUGGCGUGGCCGGGAUCUUGGGCCCACCAGUGUCAGCGGCCUACAUCUCCCUCUCAUCCAUCAUCUUGGUACAACUUCUUGGCCUGUCGCAGCUCACCAAUGCCUUUGGGCUGCUCAUCCUCUUCCGUGGUUCUGCAUCUAUGGUGGGCGCACCCAUCUCUGGAUCCAUUUAUGAUGCUACAAAGAGCUAUGAUGUCUCCUUCUAUUCCGCUGGUGGACUACUGUUUAUCUGCGCCGCUCUUCAUUGUAUUGUUCCAUUUGUCCAACGACGCUAUUGUCAAAAUGACAUGCCGGUGCGGUACACAACAAACGAAGAAUACUUAGCAUCUGUGCCGGAGGAGGGAGAGAGUGAGGCGGGUGUGUCACCAGAUACAGGUGAAGGAAUUGGCAUUGUACUCGACAUUAAGCCCAAAGAUUCUACCAUCAUCCUCCAAGAAUCAGGAGAAAACAAGAUUAUUCUUGAUGCAACUCAGAAUGAAAAAGGAAAAGAAACAACUGUUUUAUCUCUGUGAGUCUAGACUACGAGUGCUUGAAAAUUGUAGUUGGUCUAAUUGAAUUGACCUUUCAAAGAAAUUUACAAGCUUCAGAAAGUAAUCUUAUGUUCCUAGAAUAUAUUGUAAAUUAAUCUCACACAGAAAAGAAGACAACCAGUAUGGACUUGCCUAUACGUACUUGAAUAUUGGUAAAAAAUGAAAAUGGUUGCAGUCAUUUAUGAACUCCAACUAACUUAAGCUUUUAAUUUUCAAGUUCUUGUGUGAUUGUUGAUGCUGGUCUUUCAAUUUGUAUAGUUAUAAUAAACAUUGGACAAUUUGCCAACAUGUAGAAAACUCUUUGUGACUAUCUGUAGCAAAAAAGGGACUUCAUGAAACUGUUGUCAUAAAAUAUUUUUUUUUUUCUUCAUAGCACUGACAUGUCACAUAAACUAUGAUUUUUGUAAAUCACAGAAAUUUAGUUAGCUGUUACUCGUGUAUAUCACCUCAUAGUCAUUGACACCCAGUCCCCAUGCUAGUAGUGGAAAUACUUACUCUAGAGAUUAUUGUGAAUGGCCAUUGGAAAAAGGAUUUUGUUUAAGCUACACAGACAAAGGUUAAAAACAUUCCAAUGAACAGUCUUUGAAGAUGGCUACCUGAUCUAACAAAUAUUUUUCUGUAUAUUUUUCUUAAUUAGAUUUGUUAUAUGAGUGAGUUGUGAUUGAAAUUAUUUAUCAUGAACCGGUCACAUGACGUACAGUUUGAGUUCUUUUGAAGAUGUAAUACAAAUAAACAGUUAUUAUGUAUGCUGAGGUGUGUUGUAAAGUGUAAUUGAUAUCCACAGAACCUGCUUUUUCUGCAGUCACAACAACUAGUGUGAGAGGCAGAUUAUCUCCUGCAAGUUUAAAAGCAGCUUAGAAAAUAAGUCCUGGUCACUAGACCCUUGCUGUAUGCCAUAGUCACUUGUGCACAGUUAGACACCAUGCAUAGCUUGAUCUUGUGGAAUAUAGUUAGAAACUGCACAAAAACAGAGAACCUCUCCGCUAAAAGGAAAUUAAUAUCUAUUAUGUGGCAAACUGUAUGUUAAUAGCUCGAGGAACCUGGCACAAUACUGUACAGUUUUAUGCAUAAAAACGUAAGUAUUUGUCAGUGGAGGCACUUGAUGCUGGUUGUUGGAUAGGCAGUGUUUUGAUCCCCAGUUCUGUAGGUAUGAGUGCAAAGAUGCCUAUGUGUUUACUACUUGAAUAAAGGUUGGGGUCUAAAUGUUAACCCUGUAGGAACCUCCAAGAGUAUCGAGUGUGCUUCCAGGUCUGGUCAGGAUUGCUCGAGUAGUUAGCACAUAACAAUACGAAGUAAGUGGGAGUUGGGAAAUGGAUCAUGGAUAAUAUAUGUCUCAUUUAUUUUUACAAUAGAGAGCAUAUGAUGAAACUUACUAUUAGCUGUUUAUACAGUACUGUACAUCUUUCUUUUUCAUCAUAUUCAGUUGUACAUAAUUAACACAAUUUUACUGCGUUCCUGUUAUUAGCUAGUUUUUAAUUCUGUGUAAUGUUUUUUAUAUGUUGAGUUGUUUUUAUAUAUGUAAUAAAUAGCUUUUAUAUUAGCUUUUCCCACAUCACACACAGUUUUAAAUACAUGUUAAGGGUCUUCUUCCCAAAGAUACUCUGUCAAUAGUAGAGCAAGCAUGUAAGGCAGAUAUAGAAAUCCAUACCCCUGAGAAAUUACCAAAACAGUACACUGCUAUACAGUAUAUAUAUAUAUAUAUAUAUACAGUAUAUAUAUAUAUAUAUAUAUAUAUAUAUAUAUAUAUAUAUAUAUAUAUAUAUAUAUAUAUAUAUAUAUAUAUAUAUAUAUAUAUAUAUAUAUAUAUAUAUAUAUAUAUAUAUAUAAUCACUGUGUCCUAUACUUCUUAGUAAGUGAAAAGGAGAAAUAAAAAUAAAAAUUAUCUACUUAAUGAAAGCAAAUUAAUUCCAAAUAUUUCAAGAUGAUCAUUAAAGUGUCACACUUAUGAUUCUCAAAGAUUUAGUGUUUUUGUUUUUCUUAUAAAGACAAAUGAGAGGACACCUCCAGUUACAGUAGAGUUUCAGUGCCACUUUUGCUGCUGUCUUCUUCUUGUAGCGUAAUUGGACGUACUCUCAUGUUACCAGUUACUGUACAAGGAAAGUGCAAUGUACGAUCUCUUGAGGAUCUGAGACCAGAAGUAAUAUCCUUCAUGGCUAUACAACUAAAAUCUGUCGACUUGCUGGUUUGUUGUGAAGUAUGUGAAUGUAUUUUUACACAAAAGCAGACUAGUAUGCAUAAUUUAUUUUUUCCCAAAUUAAACUACAAUGAUAAGUAUCACAUUGCAAAGACUUGUAAUGAUAGUACUGUACCAUACUGUACAGUACACAGAAUGUUUUAACUUUGGUUUUAAGUAACAGUAAUAAUGUCAAGUGUAAUUUUUCUUUUGUGGAAGAACAUAAACAAUAAACAGUAAACAAGUACA